AUGGAAGGUAGUCUGAUUGCUGGCUGGUUUCUGUUGUUUUCUCUCUCGCUCGCAUCUAGCUUUGUCCUUGGCAUCGUCUUUGCCACCUUUGUACCCAAGUCGUCGGCCUAUCUGACCGCUCUCGCCUCGGACUCGGACACGGGACCGGAGCUUCCGCGCGUCUUGGUGGCACCGGACGCAUUUGAUUCUCACCCGACGUCAGACAUCAUGCCUCGCAAGUCUGCGUCUCCAAGCGGCGCAUCACGGCGCGGCGGCAGCGGCGGCAGCGGCGGGCGGAAGCGGUCGCGCGGACGGCGCGGCCAGGGCGGCAGCGGUGGGUCGCGGUCGCGCGGCGGCAGCGGGUCGUCGGUCAGCGGCGUGGCGGCGGGGCGGCCACGGCCGUCGCGGACACAGGCGGCCACCAUGGGACUGCUUGCCACGUCAUCGCCGGACGCGCUCAAGGCAUACCACUCGGAAGUCGGCAUGCACACCAAGCCGAGCGGGCUCAACACAUCGGCACCCGAGUUUGCACUGCGGCCGGCGUCGUCGAGCCCCGGGCUGGCAGACGGCACUGGGCGCAAGGCGCGGGCCAAAGGUGGGUCGUCGCGGCAGCUGCUCGGCCCUGUGGAGCAGUCACCGGUGAUCCACUGGCGGCGUGUGACUGGCGAUAUUUCGCUCGCUGACUUUGCUGCGUGUGGCACAUCGAUUCCCAAGCUCGGCAUUUCUUCGUACACGGUGCCAAUCAAGCCGCUUAAGCGAGUCUCGACGCCGGUGCUGGCGGUGACCGGGCUCGACGAGAUUCGGGUCGAGGCUGACACGCUCUUCAACAUCUUUUGCGGCUUUGGACAUGUGCGGGCCAUCGGGUUCCCGGCCGACGACGGAGUGCCGGACAAGGUGCUAGUGGAGAUGGGCAUGACCGAACACGCACAGCUCGUGGCCAAGCACCUCCACGGCAUGCCGCUCUUCUCGGGCAUGCUGCGCGUGGAGGCCGGGCCGGACGGCGUGACGUCGCUGGAGGCAGUCCGCAACGCGUACAUCGUGACCAAGUACUCUGCGUCGCCGCUCAACCCGUUUGCGGCCAACAUGGCGUCACACUCGCUCGAGAAGCGCAUCAGGCCGCCGUCGGAAAUGCUCCUCGUCUCGCACCUGCCCAAGACUGGCGUGACCGAGGAGCUUCUCGCGCAGCACUUUGAGCAGUGCGGCGGAACAGUGACCACGGUGCACAUGAAGAGCAAGCGGCGGGCGCUCAUCACCUUUGCUACUCUCGCCAACGCGGUCAACGCGCUCGCGCUCCUUAACGACGUCGCGCUCGGCGGGCGGCAUCUGCGGCUCUCGUUUGCGCCGGCAUGA